AUGCUACUCGCCAGCGGAGCGGGCGACUUUGAGGCCAAUCGCGAAAACAAGGAGUAUUUGGCCCAGUUAUUGGCCGCACAACAACAGGCUGCCGCUGCCUUGGGACAACAGUGUCAGGUAUGGGGGAUUUUGGGUGUAAAGAAAGUUCUUGCCGUUUUGUUUUGUAAAGAAAGUCCUUGCUAUUUUAUGUUUUGUAGAGAAAGUUCUUGCCAUUUAAAGCCUCAUUUUACAAAAAAAUCUAAAAUUUUUCGUAUUUUAGGACCAAAUGAAGGAAAACGCGACCUCAGCCUCACCUUCGUCCAGCUCGGACUCGGGCAGUAAGCAUGACAGAGCCAUCAUUGAGAGUAAAACCAACUUGAUCAUCAACUAUCUGCCUCAGACCAUGAGUCAAGAUGAGGUUCGGUCAUUGUUUGCAUCAAUGGGACCAAUUGAGAGCUGUAAAUUGGUUCGUGACAAAACUACUGGUAUGUACUGUAUUUUUAACGCUAUUAUUGUACUUUUAAAAUUUUCAUCGAAAAAAUUCUUUAGUACGUCUUUUUGAGUCAUUUGUAAUAGGUUUGAUAAGAAAUUAAAGUGAAAUAAGGAAUUUCAUGUUUUCGUGGUGGGACCCAACUUAAAAAUUGUUAAAAUUCUUAUUUAUAGUCAAUACACACAAAUUUAUGUUUUUUUUGUACUCUAAAGGACUUUUUAAAUAAUUUCAACCAAAGGAAAAAUAAAAAUGUAAAGAUCACGUUUUCGUGAUGGGACCUAAAAUGAUGACAAAAAUGGCGUUUAAAUACAGAUUUUCAAAAAUUUUUAUUUUUUAUGGCGUUACAGAGCCUUUUCAAGCUUACUUUAACGGUUUUUUGUUUAAAUUAGUUAAAAUCAAGUUUUCGUGGUGGGACCCAAAAAAAAAAUUUUUUUUCGUAUUUUAAACACAAAUCGUAUGAAAAAGAUACACAUCCGUAUUUUACAAUUUUAAUUUUGAUCUAAAUUCAAUAUUCAUAGAUUUUAAAUUUUAAGAUUUUUAAAAAUCUAAGUUUUAACGUCUUUGAUCUAUGUUAAUAUCAGCUCUCUUCGGUACUCAAUGUGAAUAUAAUUUGAAUAAAGCACGAAAAAACUGAGUUCAAUUAACCCCCGAUCACAUGUUGUCAGUACGAUAAUAUAUUCUAAUCAUUUUUGUGUACUUUUGUGCUUGAUUUUUUGAUUUUUCGACCGGUCGACAUGCGUUUUUAUUUGUUUCCUUCUUCCGUUUUUGGUUUCCCAAUUGUUUCCUGUUUUUGGAUUUAAGUUCUACUUGAUUUUAGGUCAGAGCCUUGGUUAUGCUUUUGUAAAUUACUGUAACCCGGACGACGCGCAACGUGCACGCCAAAGCCUGAACGGCCUGCGGCUGCAGAACAAGACGAUCAAGGUGCGUUUCGUGCGAAAUUUGCCAUUUUUUUCAUUUUCGACUUUUCACUUUUUUGAUUUUUUUGUUCACAUGUACCAAGCUUCUUCAUUGUAACCGCGUUUUAUAUUGUAGUAGGUGGGGGACGUCGCUACAAGACUUUAUAGUGUUGUAGGUGGGGGACGGCGCUACAACACUUUAUAUUUUAGUAGGUGGGGGAGAUCGCUACAAGUUUUUUCUAGAGUAAAAGCCAAAAAAUGUUUCUGUUCCACAGGCCUCAGUAGAGUAAGGGUAAGACGGGGUGUUAGGCUGGUUAAAAGGCGUUUUGUGAAUUGUUAGGCUAGUUAAAAGCCAUUUGUGAGGUUUUAGGCUAGCUAAAAGGCUUUUUAAAAGGUUUGAGGCUAGUUAAAAGACACCCCAUGUUGCUUUUGAUUAGAUAAAUUACUUUAUUAUGGAGUUUUCGGCUAGUUAAACAACGUUCUUGGAUAAAUAUCAGCUAGUAUUUUAAGUUACAACUGAUAUUGUACUAUACGAGUAUGCAUACGGUACGGUAUCGAUAGGUAUGUCAGAGGUUGGGCUAGAACUAGAGCUAGGACUAAGGCUAGGGCUAAAGCUAGAGCUAGGACUAGGGCUAGAGGUAGGGGUAGGAUAGAAAGCUUAUUUUUGUGUGAAAAUAUAUAUGUUUAAAAACACCUAAUUAAUUUUAAAGUAUUGUAUUUUAGUUUAUCUUAUUUGUAUUAAGCUAUAAAACACUGUUUGUUACCUAAAAAAUUAAAUUUUACCCAUUUAUUGUUUUAAAAAUCAAUUUUAAAUUUUUGUUACCUAAAAAUCAACUUUUUUCAAAACUUGUUACCUAAAAUUAACUUUUUGUUAGAUUUGUUACCUAAAAUCAAUUUUUCAUUAGAUUUAUUAUCUAAACUCAACUUUUUACAAAAUUUGCUACUUAAAAUCAACUUUUUUUUCCAACCUUUUUUUUACCUAAUAUCGGAUUUUCACAAGAUUUUUUACCUAAAAACAACUUUUCAGCAAAUUUUUUUGCUUAAAAUUGACUUUUUUUAAAUUUGUUACCUAAAAUCAUCAACUUUUCACAAAAUUUGUUACCUAAAAUUUACUUUUUGCUAAAUUUUUUACCUAAAAACUCAUUUUAAAGCCAAAUUUAUAAAAAAUACCAAAUUUUAGGUAUCACUUGCUCGUCCAUCACAUGAAACGAUUAAAGGAGCCAAUCUUUAUGUCAGUGGACUGCCAAAAACCUUGACACAGCCAGAAUUGGAGAAACUGUUCAUUUCAUAUGGCAGUAUUAUCACUAGCAGGAUUUUGUCUGAUAAUGUGACUGGUGAGGCAGUUUCUUAAUUUUUUUUCAUUUUAAAAUUUGGAAAAAAUUUUUUUUUAUUUUUAAGUUAAAAAAAAUUUAAAUCCAAUUUUUAGGUCUAUCAAAAGGCGUAGGCUUCGUCCGUUUCGACCGCAAAUCCGAGGCCGAAGUAGCUAUCGAGAAAAUGAAUGGCACUACCCCUCCGGGCUUUACCGAGCCAUUACAAGUCAAGUUCGCCAACAAUCCGGCGGCCGCUACUCAGAAGAACAUGCUACAGGUCAGUGACCUCAUGACCCAAGCCGCUCUGGCCCCAAUCGCGGCUCUACAGUCCGUGGCCGCUUUCAAUUCGGUCCAACGGCCAAGUGUCGGUCCAAUCCGACACACACCUCAGCUCGGCACUCUACGCUACUCACCGCUAGCUGCUCCGACGCAGACCGCUUUAACGGCUCAGACUUCGUUGGCUGGAGCGGCUGGAUACAUGCCUACACAGACGGCGGAUUUGCUCACAACUCAAGCCAUUCUCCAGCAGCUAACGGCCGCUCAAACUCAACAACAACAGCUGGCGGCGCUGAAUGCUGCGGCGUUGGCUAGCCAACAACAGGCUCAAGUUGCGGCGGUUCAGGCUGCACCUAAAGUGCCUAGCCCUAGUGGUAAGUGGGGUUAUAGUAGUGGGAUUUGAAGGGGUAGGGGAGGGCUAGGGUAGAAAAGAGUUAAAUUACAGUAUUCAUAGGGUACGGUUGGGCAGGGUAGAGUAGGGUGUGGUAAGGUAAAAUAAAGAUAGGGCAGGUUAAAGUACGGUAUGCUCUGAUACGGUUGGAUAUAGUAGGGCAAAGCCGGGUAGGAGAGAGUAAGUAAAGUGAGGGAAGAGUAAGGGAGGGUAGGGACAAGCGGGGUAGGGUAGAUUAGAUUAGGGUACGGUAUGUUAUAAUAAGGCAGGGUAGGAUGGGGCAGAGUAAAAUAGAGUACAAUAAGGUAGGGUAGAGCAAGAUAAAGUAGGGUAGGGUACUGUAAGGUAGGGUAGGGUUGGUUAAGAUACAGUAGGGUAAGGCUGCUUAAUUUAUUUACUAAUCCCAAUCUUCCAGGUACCAGUACGGCUGCCGGCUUCAGUAUCUUUGUCUACAACCUAGGCCCCGAAACCGAUGAGCCAACUCUAUGGCGUUUGUUUGGUCCAUUUGGGGCCGUUCUCCAUGUUAACGUAAUGAAAGACACCUUCAACAAAUGUAAAGGAUACGGUUUUGUGACAAUGGCCAACUACGAGGACUCAUUGAAUGCCAUUACAAACCUGAAUGGCACUCAAUUGGGUAACAGAACGCUUCAAGUCAGCUUCAAGUCGGCUCAGAAUGCUAUGUAUCGUUAG